AUGAAUCUGCAAGCUACCUUAUAAAAGCACAAAUCAAAAGAGGGUUGGUUAGAAAAGAAAAGUCCUAGAUUGUUGGUAGGAUUUUAAAAAAGAUAUUUUAGUAUUGGAGAAGUUAAGGAUCAAUUUUAUUUACUCUAUGACAAGUCAUUACCUUAAAAAGAUAAAAUACCAAAAGGUGCUAUUUUGAUUAGCUAGAUUGAUAAAAUAGUUACAAAAGAUGACUCAAAAGAGUUCAGCUUCAAAUUUAGUGAUAGAAAUUUUAUUUUGAAAGCUCCAAAUGUUUAAACAAAAAAAGAGUGGAUCGAAACUAUUGAAUUUUUAAAGGAGUAUCUUAUUUCUAAAGGAACUUCAAGCGAUGAGUUAGGAUCUAAAAAAGCAUGGAGGUUUAAUAAAUUAGAUGCUGAUAAACAAAGAAAUUUAAGACUUAACCAAGAAAAAAAGAACCAAGAUGAAGAAGAGGUCAAAAAAAUAGAAGUAAAAGAUGAAGAAAUGCAAAAAAUUAAAGGCAUAAGACCUUACUUUGAAAAAUAUGAGGAAGAAAUCCUCCAAAAUCAUGUUGUGCAAGGAUUUUUAUACAAAAAAAAAGAAAAGUUACACACAAAGAUAAUUUAACCUACCCUUCGCUGGUUCUUUUUUUUUAGCAAAUAUAACUUAACAGAAAAUGCUUCUCACACUAAUGACUUUGAUUUAGAUGAUUUGCCUCCUUUCAUUAACCCAAAUGUCUUAUAUUACUUCGAUAGUAAGUAUGACGAUUCCAAAAUGUAAGGAGAGAUUCACGUCAAAAAUAUCAUCAGCAUUAAAAAAAUAGACUUGAAAGUUGAAGAUGACAAUAUUUUAAAAAAAGGUGUUGGGUUUAUAGGAAAUUAAAUGGUUAAAGUUAUAAAUAAAACAGCUGAAAUUACCUUUCUUGAUAAAUUAGGUGCUCAUAUCCAUUAAUUUGAGUUCAUCUUCUAAAUCGUAGCUAAAAAGGGAAAUAAAGAAACAACUCAUAACUUUUAUUCUGAGUCUCUUAUAUAAAUUGAAAAAUGGGUAAACUCUUUACAAAAAGCUAAAGAUAUGUAUCAUUAAGAGUAAGAAGAAAUUGAGAAAUAAAAUCAAACAACAGAGGGAGAGUCUCCAAACAAAACUUCUGAUGCAAAUUAAACAGUAGGAGAUGAUGAAGAAAAAUAAUCACCAUCAAAAUCUAUUGGAGAAGAAGAAACUCCAGUUGGCAACACCACUGAUGAAACUAAAUUAUCGAGGAACUAAAUAAUCUUCAAAUAAUCUAUAAAAAUCAAGUUAAAUAGCAAGCUGAAAAUUGGAUGGAAAGAUAAAAUAUGUAUCGUAAAACGUUAAAUUAUACAAUUGUUCAACAAUGAAUAAGAUGUAUCAAAUGGAGAAGUAGAUGAUUAUAUAAUUAUAAAAGAUAUUGAAAAAGUAGCGCAAGAUGAAAAGCUAACAAAGUUUCGCAUAGAAACAAAAAAACAUGAGCAAAGAAGAUUUAAACUUAAAAGUGAGCAGGAUUGUGCUUGGUGGGUUAGAGUCAUUUAAUAAUUAAUAGCAGAUGAAAAUACUCCCUUAGAAGAACUACGCGAAUAACCUCAAGCAAGUGCAAAAGAAUCUAAAUAAGCAGAUAAUAAAAAUGUUUCAAUUAAUGAUACUAAAAAUGAUCUUGAUUCUGAAAUAAUAUUUGAUCCUAAAAAUCGUCCUAAAUCUAAUGGCAGCUUCUAAUUUAUAGAUGACUUAAGAUUAAAAGCAGAACGUUCAUCAAAAUCUGAAUCAACGGUAGAAAGAAAGACAUCUUUUUUUCAAAAGCUAUUUGGUUGUUGUGUCGAUCCAAGAUAGGAUGAUUUUGAUCCUUAUGAAAAUAAUCCAGGAACAAAUAAACUAUAAAAAAAGCUAAUUUCUUGA